AUGGCUAGUCCUCCCGUUCUAGCUUUCGAUGCCGAGGGCCGUCCGGUGAAGUUCGAAACCUGGCUAGAUGACCUGCACCUGUUCCUACAGCUCACUGCCAAAGAAGACAUCUCGCUGUACGACCACGCCCUAGGCCAUGCUACUGCCCCUGACACGUCUGCUGACAGCACUCUACGCUCUCAGUGGCAGACUCGUGAUGCGCACGCUCGCUUUGCUAUUCGCAACUCCCUGCCGCUAGACGAGCGCGAGCACUUCGGCCAGUGCAAGACUGCUAAGGACCUCUACACCGCUGUAGUUGCCCGUUACUCCUCACCCGCUUCUGCUACGCUAGGCCGCCUCACUCUCCCCUACCUGUUCCCCGACCUAGCCUCCUUUCACACUGUCGCAGACCUCAUCACCCACCUUAAGACUAGUGAGGCCCGCUUUCGCGCUGCUAUGCCUGCCGAGUUUCUCACUAGCAACCCCCCCCCGCUCUGGAUCACUCUCUACCACAUCGUCACCCGCCUCCCUGACUCUCUGCGCGCAGUCAGGGACCACUUCCUCUCUCGCUCCCCCACUGAGCUCACUGUUGCCCUCCUCGAGAAGGAACUGCUUGCAGCUGAGGCGAGCAUCGUCGCUGUAGGCACCUCUCGUGGCGACCCCCGCACCCCGUUCUUCGAGGGGUGUUCCCCUUCCCCCCUCCUCCCCUCUGUCGCCUCUGCUGCUGCUGUCGACCUCCUUGGUGCUGAGAAGGUCGGAACCGCGUCUGCUUCGAGCGGGCGCCGCAGGAACAAGGGGGGCAGGGGUGGGGGUGGCGGCGGAGGAGGUGGGGGUGGAGGCGGUGGGAGUGGAGGCGCGACUGGGGAGGCUAGUGGCGGCAGUGGGGGAGGAGACAGCAGCGGCGGGAGCGGUGGCAGGGGUGGAGGCGGCAGCGGAGGUGGAGGUGGUCGUGGCGGCGGCAGGGGUGGAGGUGGCCGAGGCGGUGGUGGUGGCGGUGGUGGUCGUGGAGGCACUGGCGGAGGCCCGAGUCAGCAGCCCGCCCCGACGCUUCAGGCCGCCCGUGAGUGGUAUGCGCAGCGUGGCUUUACCUGCACGUACGUCAUUCGCACAGGUGACCGCAGCGGCCAGCAGUGUGGGAGGCCGCACCCCACGCACCGCUGCUUCGCGCGCCUUAACGACGCGUGGCGCACCCAGUUUCCUGAUGCCGCUGAGCUGCCGCGCUGGGCUGAUCUGGAAAAGAGGGGUAUUGAUAUUUGGGCUCUAGACUUUGAUGCUAUUCUCACUGCCAUGUAUGCCAUGUCUAUUAGUGGAGAGGGUGCUCAGUACUUGCGUGUUCCGCCCGACCCGGGCAUUCAGGCCAGUCCGGCUGCCGCUCUAGGUGCUAGUGCGUCUGCUCCCACAGGUCCUGGUGAGGCUGCUGCCCUAGCCACUCGCUCGGCCAGUUGCUGUCUCCCUUGCUGA